UGAUAAAAAUAAAUGUAGAUUAAACAAAUGAUAUAUAGAUACCAAAAGUCCAAAACGAAUACAAUACAAUGUGCUUUGGCAAGAACAAAACCAUGAAAUUCAGUCGAUUAAUGGCAGACUGUUAAUCUAUGAGCUCACGUUCUUCUCGUUUGUUUUCUCACUUUCAGAUGCUUAACAGAGAGUAACGGAGAAGAAGUUGGUUCUUGCCUUCAUAAUUCGUUCUUCUUGUGAGUUGACUCGUUCGCUCACCUUCAACGAUACAUUGUUUCUUUAGUUGCAAACCAUCAAUUUGACAAUUUGUUUUUCGCAUAAUGCUUAAAGUCAAGUUCGCCGUCCAAUCCCGCUUUCUUCUCGUACCUUACAUAUCACGAAACUGUCGGUGGGACUCCUGCAAACCACUUCCGUUUUUCAUCAAUCCAUUCUUCACAGAAUCUCAAAACAGGGCCUACACCUCGACUCCACAGCCGAAUAAUUCCGCGAACAUUCUUUUGGUAGACUACCUAACUAACUCUAUAAAACUCCCCAAUACCGAAGCUGUUGCAAUCUCUAAACGCUUCCCACGUGUCAGUUCGGUCGAGAAACCCGAAGCAGUCGUGAGUUUCUUUAAAUCUCUCGGUUUUUCCGAUGCGCAGAUCCAGCUGUCGGUCAAACGUCAACCUGGAAUUCUAUUUGCCGAUAUCGAAAAGACAAUCAAACCAAAGGUGGCAUUCUAUCAAGAAUUGGGUUUAUGUGGACCCCACCUGGGGACAAUGGUUUCCAAGAAUCCGUUUCUCUUAGCUAGCAGUUUGAGUAAAACGAUAAAGCCGGGCAUCGAGGUUAUCAAGGAAGUUCUUGAAAGUGAAAAGAGUAAUAAUGACAAUAAUAAUAAUUUCAAAGCUCUCAUGUUCCGUAUACUUUCGAGGUAUGCUUUCGUUAUUGGCAAGGACUCGGUAUUGCGCUCCAACAUUGCCUACCUGAGAAGGUGUGGAGUUGUCGGUUCUCAAUUGAUCACUAUGUUGAAGUGCGAGCCAAGGCUACUUUCUAUACCCGAAGAAGAACUCAGAAAUCUCGUUUCACGAGCUACAGAAGUUGGGUUUUUAAUGGGAUCAAGAAUGCUGGUUUACGGCAUUUUGGCUCUUUACGGAAAUACCCCCGAGACUAUAGAUAGAAAGUCGAAAUUGCUUCGCAGCUUCGGUUUUUCUCAGGACGAAAGCAAUGAAAUGUUUGUGAAGUCGCCACCGAUGUUUAAAACAUCAGAGGCGAAACUAAGGCGUGGCAUUGAGUUCUUCUUGCAAACUGUUAUGCUCGAUAAAUCGGUGCUUGUAGGUACACCAUCCCUUUUGGAUUUUAGUUUGGAGAAAAGAAUGAUUCCUCGUUACAAAAUUCUCGAGAUGAUGAAGUCGAGGGGUCUUCUCGAAAAGAAGCCGAGUUUUGUUACUGUGGCAUUCUUGACAGAUAAGAAGUUUGUGGAGAAAUAUAUAUUGAGGUUUGGGAAUGAUGAUGCCAAAGAAUUGCAGCUAGCUUAUGAGAAUCACCUUUUGCAAGAAUCUUGACAAGGUUAGAAAAUACAAAUUGACUGCCAGAAAUUUUUAUUUUUAGUUUUCUUGUUUCGUUUACAAGUGUUUUCGUUGCAAUCUUGGAUUGGAAACUGGCCAUUUUAUUCGUUGGCAAGGUUUUACUUUGUGAUAUUCGUAAAUUAAAUUAAUAAUUGUCGACUCUUGUAUGUCAUUUCAAUAUAAUACAAUUAUGUUGCAUAUUGUGUGA